UCUGUAGGUGAAACAUUUCAGAAUAAAGAUACCUAACUGUUGCACAUGUGUCUUACUUAAAAAAAGAAAAAAGUGUAGAAGAUUAGUAUAAUAGAUGUAGUAUGUGCUUGUUUGUUGUAUGGACACUCACCUUACUUCCCUAUCAUUUUCUCUUUUUCUGCUGACUCACAGAAAUUGGAAUAUUUGAACCUCGCCACCCCUCAGCUUGCAUCAAAACGGAAGAGUUUGCACGGCAGAAAGCUACGUCCACAAAGUGUUGUAGAUUAUGCAGAGGUUCAUGCAGCCUUGAAACAAGUGUUGGUCAAUCGUCAUAGUGCAGACCAUAUUCUUAAAGAGGGGGUUAGUAGUGAUAGUGUAGAUAUUAUGAGACAGUCUACGAAAAGCCUUGAUGUGCAAGAAAGGGAGUUGUGGAUUGAGGACAUGAAAGGAUUCUUGCCUAUCCCUCGAUCUUCACUUCAGGUGUGCAGUGGAACGUCUGAGGAGUUUCUGCACAACUUUCUCACAGCAGAGGGAGACCUAAUUGGCUGGACUGAUGUAGACAGGAGUGAAUCUGUUUCAACCAUCCAAUCAGUAAUUGACUCUCCCAAGGAAAAGGCUGAAUCACUGGAUAGUGUUUCUGAAUUACCAAGCAGUUGUGGUCAGCUUCAGCACCUUGGUAAAGCCCGACCACGAAGAGUCAAGACUCGGGCACCAACGCGACCCAUGGGUCGUGCAGAUCUAGUCGAAGAAGACCAUGACAUUUCUGAGGGCGUUGAUACAUUCUUCAGACCAGGCUCCUCGACACCAACCACACCUCUUAUCUCUCCUGACUCAGAGAACAGUGUUGAGUAA